UUUUCUCUUCUUCCUCGUUUUGGUUUUGGUGUUCUUGUUGUUGUUGUUGCACCUCUUCCAAAACCAAUUCCUUUACACUUUUCUCUUCUAUCCACCCAACAACAACGACCCUUUACCUUAAACUUUCAAAAAAACUUACAUGCUUUAAGCAUCAAUGGGGAUAUUAUAUGGAAUGGUUGCAAGGGGACAAGUUGUUUUGGCUGAGUUUAGUACAAUUCAAAGCAAUGCAAGUGUUGUUGCUAAACAGAUACUUAAUAAGAUUAAUCAAGGGACUGAUAAUUAUAAUGAUAGCAAUGUUUCAUUUUCACAUGAUCGUUAUGUUUUUCAUGUUAAAAGAACCGAUGGCUUAACGCUUCUUUGUAUGGCUGAUGAAGCAUUCGGAAGGAGGAUUCCUUUUUCAUUUCUUGAAGAUAUUCAUAAUAGAUUUGUGAAGACAUAUGCACGUGCAAUUCUUUCAGCUCCUGCAUAUACAAUGAAUGAUGAAUUUUCAAGAGUUCUCAGCCAACAGAUGGAUUAUUACUCUACUGACCCAAAUGCUGACAGAUUAAACCGUCUCAAAGGUGAAAUGACUCAGGUGAGAACGGUUAUGAUUGAUAACAUUGAGAAAGUGUUAGAGAGAGGUGGUCGUUUGGAAAUGCUGGUUGAGAAAACUUCAGCAAUGAACAGCAAUUCAAUACGUUUCAAAAGACAGUCUCGUCGAUAUAAAAAUAACAUGUGGUGGAGGAAUGUUAGGCUAACGGUUGCACUUAUUAUAAUUUUUGCCAUAGUCUUUUACGUUAUACUAGCCUUUAUCUGCCAUGGUCCUUUGUUGGCUUCUUGCUGGAGAUAAGCUCUCAAUGCUAACUGUCAAAUUUUCCUUUUUUUUUUUACACUGCUUUUUGACCAAUAUAAUGUAUAUUGGGUAUACCAAAAAAGGAUAACACAUAUUGUGUUUAUUGGGAUGCAACCAUUUAUCAGAUAUUACCAUUCUAGGCUUGUGCAUUGUUUUAGAAAAUUGUAAUGCAAUGUGGAUAACUUAGCAAGAUACCCUAUUGUGUUGGGUAUAUAUAUUGACGAUUCUGAAGGAACAUUUUAUGAUUUAUUU